AUGAGCUCUCGUGGAUCUCAGUAUACAGAAAGAAAGAGAGGAAACAAAUUAAGAAAUGGAAGAUAGAAGAGGCUUGGCGUCCUUUGCUUCAGCGCAUAAUGAGGGUGAUAGGGAGAACAUUGUCUCAGACAUCACUCAGCUUGUAGGAUGGACACCAUUAAUAGAACUGAAAAGUAUAGUGAAAAAGGAAGGAGUUGAUGCUCGGUUGAUCGCUAAAAUGGAGUCCUACCAACCUCUUUCUUCGGUGAAAGAUCGUGCUGCUCUCAGAAUGAUAGAGGAUGCUGAGGAGAAGGGUUUGAUUAAACCUGGGAUCACAACAUUAGUUGAAGGAACGAGUGGAAACAUAGGGAUUUCUUUGGCUUACAUAGCUGCAAGGAAAGGUUACAAGUUCAUCGGAGUCAUACCUGCCAAUUAUUCACUUGAUAAAAGGAUGCUACUGAAAUAUUUGGGCGCCGAUGUUAUAAUAACCGAAGCUUCACGUAGAUUUCAGGGAGUGUAUGAUAGAAUAAAGAAGCUGAGAGAGCAGGAUGCAAACGUGUAUGUUCUUGAUCAGUUUGCUAAUCCAGCAAAUCCUGAAGCACAUUUCACGGGCACUGGACCAGAGAUCUGGAAAGACACGGCAGGAAAAGUAGACAUCCUGGUAUGUGCUAGUGGAUCAGGAGGUACGUUGAAUGGUACCGGAAAAUAUCUCAAAAUGAAGAAUCCUGAUAUCAAGAUAAUUUGUGUUGAACCAGCAGAAAACGCACUCCUCUCAGGUGGUCAACUAGGGACCCAUAAUAUCCAAGGGAUAGGACCAAGUUUCAUUCCAAAGAACUCAGAUCUAUCGCAUGUCGAUGAGAUAAUAACCGUAACCACAGAGGAAGCAAUGGUUCAUGCAAGAAGGAUUGCAAGAGAAGAAGGUUUGCUUAUGGGCAUAUCAUCAGGAGCAAACUUGGCUGCAUGCUUGAAGGUUGCGAAGAGAGCUGAAAACAAAGGUAAGAUGAUUGUAACGAUAUUUUCAAGUGGAGGUGAAAGAUAUAUCAGCACACAAUUGUUUGAUGAAGUCAGGGACGAAUGCGUUAAUAUGAGCUUUUCAUAGAUUUUACGAGUCAGCACGAGAUGCUUUGUAUCAGAAUCUCAUAUUUUCAAUAAAAAGAAUAAUUGUGAUGUUGAUGUAACUGAGUACAUUUUAAGUUGUCCUGGAACUUUACAGUGAUUAACAAUAAGAAAAUUAUAGCAAUAAGCGCUC